AGAAGAGAAACUCCCUUAGGGAGAAAAUCUAACUCUACGGAAGCUUAGAGUCCCAGCUGCUCAGUGAUGGUGAAUUAUACGCUUUCUGGCACAGCGUUGAAAGCUGUGUUCCUUCACUCCGAUGCCCUGUAUUUGUCCAUAAUAUCUCUGCUGUUGGUCUCCUUCGCCAUCUUCUUCUGCUUCUUUUCCAUCAUGAUGACCGUAUAUUUUACCAUCUCCCACCUGCAGGAGGUGCCCCGUUAUAUAUUUUUUGCUCACCUGCUGAUCAAUGACACCAUCUACAUCACCUUAGGGCUUGUUAGCUUCUUCUCUUCAGCAUAUCUUAUUUACUUCCCAAUGCCCAUUUCCUAUAUGAUAGUAACCAUAUCUUCCUCGGCUUUCAAGGUGUCCCCAUACAAUCUGGCAGUGAUGUCCUUGGAGCGUUAUUUGGCCAUCUGUUUCCCAUUACGACAUUCAGGGUGGUGCACUCGCCAGAAGACCAUUUUGACCAUUGUGGCCGUUUGGAUAAUUGGGUUACUACCCAAUGUGGUUGAUUUCAUUAUUUUGUGCUUCUCAGUGCAGAGCGACUACUUCUCUGUUUACUGUCUUAGUGUAAGAUCUGUCUUUAUAAAGAACGAUGCUCAGGAAACGUUGAGGUUUGUUGUCCACUCCUUGGGGUUUUCUUUGGUGGGUUUGAUCAUCGUGUUCACCUACAUCAAGAUCAUGUUGGUUGCUAUAAAAUUAAAUUCUGGAAAAGCUACAGCCUCCAAGGCCGGUAAAACGGUCAUGCUCCACGCGUUUCAACUCCUGCUCUGUAUGAUGUCUUUCUCCUAUAACCUGAUCGAAAUAUACCUGAGAAAAUAUCUCUACAUGUUACCAAUGAUCAAUUUUUACUUCUUCAUGUGUCUACCGAGGUUUAUCAGCCCCUUAAUAUAUGGCUUACGGGAUGAAGUGUUCUUCAGGUACAUGAAGCGAAUUAUGCUUUGUAAAACUCCAAGAACUUUCCCAAACUCAGAUUCAACAUAA